UCCCAGCUUCCGGUGUAAACGGAAGACAGCAGAAGAGAGCAGUACUGCCUUGUAACGUCAAGUGUGCCAAAAGGAUAGCAAAGUAUGAGGAGGAACUUUGUCGUACAAAAGAGGAGAAGGAGCGACAACAUCAACUACUGGACGCUGUUUUCAAGAAACAUCAAGUUGUGUUACACAGAACAGAUGUCUGUGAAGAACAAGUUCUGCCUGAAAAACAGGAGUGUGGCUUCAGGAUGGUGAAGGAGGAUCCAUCGAAGAGGAAGACCAGGCUCCACGGACCCUCUGGCGUCUCCUUUUCCUCUUUGACACAGACCCUUCCCUGUAAAAAGGAAGAGGAAGACUCACUGACGCCCCACAUUAAAGAGGAAGAGGAGGAACACAGCAUCACUCAAGAGGGAGAUCAUCUUGAAGGACUGGAGGAGUUCCCAGUGACUGGUGUCCCUGUGAAGAGUGAAGAUGAUGAGGUGAAAGGUGAAAGUGAGGAGAGGGGAGGGGGGGAGCCUCCAAGCAGCAGCUCAACACAACACAUGACAACAGAAGCUGAUGGAGACCACUGUGGAGGAUCACAAGCAGACAAGCUCUUAGCUCCACUAUCAGAUAGUGAGGACACAACGUCACACUCUCCUGACACUGAUGAUGAAGACUCUAAAGAUGAUAAGACAUGUCACACUGACAACACUCACUUCACAUCUUCUCACUCUCACAAAACCUUUAAAUACCGUCGUAAUCUGAAAAGACACAUGAGAAUACACACUGGAGAAAAACCUUAUGUCUGUUCAAUCUGUGGUAAAGGUUUUGUUGAAAAGCAGAGUUUGAAAAAACACACAAUAUUACACACUGGUGAAAACCCUUUUAUCUGUUCAAUCUGUGGUAAAGGUUUUGUCGAAACUCACAAAUUGAAAGAACACAUGAGAACACACACCGGUGAAAAACCUUUUUCUUGUUCAAUCUGUGGCUUAUCUUUUUCAAGGAAGCAACAUUUGAAAGUACACAUGAGAACGCACACUGGCAAAAAACAUUUUUCCUGUUCAGUCUGUGGUAAGGGUUUUACAAAUGGUCACAAUUUGAAAGUACACAUGACAACGCACACUGGAGAAAAAUCUUUUAUCUGUUCAAUCUGUAGUAGAGGUUUUGUUCUAAGUAAGUAUUUGAAAGUACACAUGAGAAUGCACAGUGGAGAAAAACCUUUUUCUUGUUCAAUCUGUAGCUUAUCUUUUUCAAGGAAGGAACAUUUGAAAGUACACAUGAGAACACACACUGGCAAAAAACCUUUUUCCUGUUCAACUUGUGGUAAAGGUUUUACACAAAGUUAGAAUUUUAAAAUACACAAGAGAACACACAUUGGAGAAAAACCUUUUUAUUGUUCAAUCUGCGGUAAAGGUUUUACACAAAGUCAGAGUUUGAAAGAACACAUGAAAAUACACAGUGUAGAAAAACCUUUUUCUUGUUCAAUUUGUUGUAAAGAUUUUUUAAAUCGACAGUCUGUGAAAGUACACAUGAGAACACACACUGGUGAAAAACCUUUUCCUGUUCAAACUGUGGUAAAGGUUUCACACAAAGUCAGGAUGUGAAAAAAACAAGAGAACACACACUGGCGAAAAAUCACAUUCCUGUUCAAUCUGCAACAGAAGCAUUUGUUGACGAUCAAAGCUUGUAGCACACAUGAGAAGACACCCAGGAGAGAAAGUGUUGAGUUGCAGUGUGUGUGGUGAAAGAUUGUCUUCUAAGUACCAGUGUAAGAAACACAAGUGUGCUGGUGAGAACAGCAGCAGCAAAUGAAACUGCAGGAUUUGAAAUAAACUGUCCAGACUUUCAUUUGGACUUUCUAACAACAUCAGCACAUCAAUCAAGUACAUGCAUUAAUGUACUUUUAUUAAAUAUUGAACAAAAUAAUUUGACCGAAAAGGUGAGUGUAAACAGUACAAGACAUAUUUUACAUACAAAAAACAUUUAAUUUGUAUAUAUAUGCAUAAUACAACUUUAAACUUAUUCAUAAUAGUUUUUUAUAGGCGUUUGAAAUAUUGAAGAAUUACAUUUUCUUUUAUUUGUAAUUGUUAAUAAUCCCAUAGAUUAUCACCUUUAUAUGAUAUACAUAUGUACUGGUUCACAUCUGAAACAUCUUCUGGACCACUUCAGGAAGCAUAUUAUUAUUUACUUUAUACAUCAUCUGAACAGUUGUCUUUUAUACAAUUUUAAAAUGUGUGACUUUAUGAAUCAUUUGUUGGGUCUCUAUAAUCCAUUUUAUUAAUUAUCUUUUUUACUCUCUUUUGUAAUAUGAUGAUUGUGUUGUGAUUGUUUUAUAUAUAUGUCCCCAGACCUUUAUGUAAUAUAAACGUGAGAGAAAAUGGCAGAUUAUUUUUGUGAAGGGAUUUUUUUUUUUACAAACUUACAUUUGUGGAAAUAUCAAAUAAAUCCAGUAUUGUGUUUGAAACAUUUUUAUGGUUGUUUUUCUUUUUAACAUCCCCAAAACAAUAUCAAUAUCAAUCAAAGUUUGUCGUUUU